UGGAAGGAAGCCUGUUCAUCAAAAUUCCUCACCUUGUUGACAGAAGCGCUUCCUUCUCUCUUCCACCGUCCCUCACUCCGACCAGAUUCCGAUCAAAGAUGCAGGCUCUUUCCAGGCGUCUAGCGCAGCAGCAGAGUCUCAGCUCUUCUUCCUCAAUUUAUUCUCUCAAGUUUAUAUACCCUCUUUCUCAUCACUAUUCUGGGGCUGAUCGUCCACGAUAUGAUUCCACCUUGGCUACGAGGGGAGUCGGACACCUUGUCCGCAAGGGCACUGGUGGGAGAUCGUCCGUCAGUGGGAUUGUGGCUACUGUCUUUGGAGCUACUGGAUUCCUUGGCCGUUAUGUUGUGCAGCAACUAGCUAAAAUGGGGUCCCAAGUUUUAGUCCCUUUUCGAGGUUCUGAAGAUUCACCUCGUCAUCUUAAAUUAAUGGGAGAUCUGGGACAGAUAGUACCAAUGAAAUACAAUCCAAGAGAUGAAAGUUCAGUAAAAGCUGUAAUGGCAAAGGCUAACGUAGUCCUUAAUCUUAUUGGAAGAGAGUAUGAAACAAGAAACUACAGCUUUGAGGAAGUGAAUCAUUCCAUGGCAGAACAACUUGCCACGAUUGCCAAAGAACAUGGUGGUAUCUUGAGAUUUAUACAAGUUUCCUGCCUGGGUGCAUCUUCAUCAUCUCCAUCCAGAUUUCUAAGAGCUAAAGCUGCUGCUGAGGAAUCUGUUUUAAAGGCAUUCCCCGAGGCUACAAUUUUGAGACCUGCAGCUAUGAUUGGUACAGAGGACCGUAUUAUGAAUACAUGGGCACAUUUUGCUAAAAAAUAUGGCUUUAUUCCCCUCUUUGGAGAUGGAUCUACAAAAAUCCAACCUGUGUAUGUUGUUGAUGUUGCCGCUGGAAUUGUUUCAGCCUUGAAAGAUGAUGGCACCAGCAUUGGAAAAGUCUAUGAACUUGGUGGUCCAGAGAUCUAUACGGUGCAUGAAUUGGCAGAAAUUAUGUACGACAUGAUCCGUGAAUGGCCUCGCUACCUGAAAGUCCCUUUCCCUAUUGCAAAGGCAAUUGCUACCCCCCGAGAAAUAUUGCUCAACAAAGUCCCAUUUCCGUUACCAACGCCAUCCAUUUUCAAUCUGGAUCAGAUCCUUGCUCUAACACAAGAUACAGUUGUUUCUGAAAAUGCAUUGACUUUCAAUGAUCUUGGGAUUGUACCACAUAAGUUGAAGGGAUAUCCUGUCGAGUAUCUUAUAUCAUACCGGAAAGGUGGCCCGCAAUUUGGUUCAACAGUCAGUGAACGAGUCUCUCCUGAUUCUUUUCCAUAGGCUUCACUUGAAUUUUCUUCGAAGCCCUCCCCCCCGGAUAUUUUGUAUUAACUUAGUUCGAAAGCUUCAAGAACGGCCUGGUUUAUGUGUCCAUUUGUUAAAAUAAAAUGGAGAACGUUUCGAGUUCAACCCUCAUGUAUUCUUAUCUUCUUCAUUCAUGGUUUAGUUGAAUGCACAGUAUAUUUGGUGUCGUAAUUAAUAAAGGCUGGGAUGCUUGGUUAGAGCAUCUAUGAUCAUAAAA